CCUAAAUUGUAUGCGGGACCCUCUCCUUCUCCCUCUCUCUCUGCUCCGUAUUUUCUCUCUCCCUUCCUCUAAAAUAUUUUAAAAUUAUAAAUAAACAUAAAUAAAUAAAUAUAUAAAUUACCCCUAAUUCGAUUAUCACGAUCCUUCAAUGCUGAUGUUAUGUUGAAAUUUUGGUAGUUAUUUAUGAAUUGGUUGAGCUGUCCUUGCGUUGUUCGAUUCUGUGCUCGUCUAGUGUCUGGACACUCCGGAACAAGCACUGGUGGAAAGAAACUGUAUUAUAUAUGAAUCGAUUCACUUCAGUGUGAGUGGAUGGCUGGAAAUAUGAGAUUUGAAUCCAAUUCCGCUAGCCCUGAGGAAUUAGGUUUCCCAACAAGCUACCAAAAUGGCCAGAGGGGACAUUAUCUUACUGCAACUUUGGAUAGGUCUGGAAGCUUCCGGGAAAGCAGCGAAAACAGGGUGCUUGGUUCUGGAGCUAGUACACCACGGCCUCUUGCUUCAUUAGAUGUGGGUUCGCUUACUCAUCAUCUGAUGUUGGAUCCUAUAACUAUGGGGGAUCAAAAAUACACUAGGUCUGGUGAGUUAAGGAGGAUUUUAGGUAUAUCUCUCGGCAAUGCUACUGAAGAAAAUUCUUUCGGAGCUAUUCACUUAAAGCCUCCCCCUCCGGUGGCUACAGAAGAACUGAAGCGCUUCAGGGCAAGCGUGUCGGAUGCCUCUUUGAAGGCCAGGGUUAGAACAAAACAAGUGAAGGAAUCAUUGCUAAAGUUAAAUAAGUAUUGUGAAGUAAUGAACUUAAAGAAGCCAUAUCGUAGUGAGAUGAUGAUGGGCGAAAGAUCAAGUGCAUCAAACCUUACAAAAAUGGGAAAUCAGAUCCAGCGAAAUAUUUCUGAUCUUGGAACCCAAAGAUUAGAGGACCGGACUAAAAAUAUAUUCUUGAAUAAGCGGGUUCGCUCUUCAGUAGCAGAGUUACGGGCUGAUGGUCGUAGCAAUUCCCUACCAAGGCAGCCACUUAUCAUGGGGAAAGAUAGAGAUGUGCUCAGGGAUGGCGGUGAAGAUUCUGAUUUACCUGAAGAAAAAGUUCGAAGAGUGCCUGCUGGAGGGGAAGGGUGGGACAGAAAGAUGAAACGAAAACGUUCUGUAGGGUCUGUUUUUGCAAGAUCCACAAAUAGUGAUGGAGAGGCUAAACGGAUCAUGCAUCAUAAGUUAAGCAAUGAAUCUGGUUUGCAGUCUUAUGAUACACAGGGUUUCAGCACAGGGUCUCUUAAUGGGACUGGUGGCAUUAACAAGUUUGAUGGAAGUUUUCCACUAGCUGGUUCAAAUCAACGUACCAUUUUCAAGAAUGAACUUGAAAAAGGUUCUUUGACAAGAGACUUCUCCGAUGGCAUGAAUAAGGAAAGACUUCUAGCUAAAGCAAACAAUAAGUUAAAUCUCAACAAUGACAAUCACAUUGUCGGUCUGACUAAGGGAAAGGCAUCGAGAGCACCUCGUACUGGUUCUGUAAUGGCAGCAAACUCUUCUCCUAAUUUUUCUCGUACAACAGGAACCUAUGAUGGUUGGGAAGAGAUUCCGAACACAAAUAAAGUCCAUUCAUUUGGGGGAACCAAUAAUCGCAAGCGCUCGAUGCCUGCAGAAUCAUCGUCUCCUCCAAUGGCUCAAUGGGUUGGUCAGAGGCCUCAAAAAUUUUCUCGUACUAGAAGAGCAAAUGUGGUGUCUCCUGUCUCAAACCAUGAUGAAAUGCAAAUGUCAUCAGAAGUGGGACACACUUCUGAUUUUGGCACUCGAUUAACUUCUGCUGGGAGUAAUGGGUCACUUGCGAAGGAUUUGGCAAAUGGAAAUCAACUAGUUAAAGUUAAAUAUGAUAAUGUUUCAUCUCCAGCCAGAUUGUCUGAAAGUGAAGAAUCUGGUGCUUGUGCAAAUUUUGAGGGCAGACCUAAAGAGAAGGUAAUAUGUGGUGCUGGAAUGACGGAAAGAUCUCAAAACCCUAAUGUUGGCUCUUCUGUAGUUCUCUUGAAGAAAAGUAAGUUACUGAAUAAGGAAAACACUGGUGAUGGCUUGCGUAGACAAGGAAGGAUUGGUCGAGGUGCAUCAUCUUCGAGGGCUAGUAUUUCACCUGUGAGGGACAAAUUGGAGAGCCCCCCUUCUGCUAAACCACUUAGAAGUACAAAGCCUAUUCCAGACAAAAAUGGAAGUAAGUCAGGCCGUCCUCCUCUGAAAAGAGUAUCAGAUCGUAAGUCCUUCACGCGUGUACAAACAGCUAACGGUGGUUCCCCAGAUUUCACAGGUGAAUCCGAUGAUGAUCAAGAAGAAAUGUUAUCAGCUGCAAAUUAUGCUCGCAAUGCUAGCUAUCUGUCAUGUUCCAGUUCCUUUUGGAAGAAAUUAGAGCCAGUUUUUGCUUCUGUAUGCAUGGAGGAUUUAUCAAACUUGAAGCAGAAGUUGAAACCCGUAGAAGAGCUUCAUGAAAACCUACUUGAUUUUUCCGGCGAUGGCGAUAAUACUUCGGGUAAUCUUCUGCAUCGAGAAGAUUUGAACUCAGAACUUUUUUCUGAAGAAUGUGAGAAGAGCUUGCUGGGCCAUAUUCGGUCAAAAAAGGAGAUGGAUAUGAAUUUGGCAGAUGAAGGUCUUGAUAAUGGUUCAUUGGCUGGAACCAUGGAAAGGGGAAAUCAACUUACCCCAUUAUACCAAAGAGUAUUGUCUUCUCUGAUUUUGGAAGAUGAAUAUGAAGAAUUAGAAGAUAACAUUGGAGGAAGUAAUCUAUCUUUUUUAAAUGGUAGAGAUAGGUCACCUGGUGAUACUUGCCUUCCACAUGAUUUUGAUCCUAGAAACAAGGAUAUUAUUAAUUUUGAUUCUGACUCCUUGUCGGGUUUCCAAAGUCGAAAGCAAUCUUCUGCUGAUAGUUUUUCCUGUAAUGGAAAUGUUAAUAGUAACGGGAUCACUAGAGUUCACUCUCAAUUAUAUAAUGGGGAUUUCUUUCAAGGAAGUCAGGAAUUUAUGAACUCUGAGAUUUCCAUGUUCUCUGAGCAUUUGAGAGACAAUGAUGGGAAGCUAGCUGUACAAGCAAAUGCCUCUGGCAUUUCUGUGUUAGAUAGUCAAUAUCAGCAGUUAUGUUUAGAGGAGAGACUCUUAGUUGAGCUUCAGAGUAUUGGGCUAUAUCCUGAAACAGUGCCUGAUCUUGCAGACGGAGAGGAUGAAGCAAUUAAUCAAGAUAUCAUCAACCUGCAGAAGGGACUAUAUCAGCAGAAUUACGAAAAGAAAGCACAUGUGAACAAGAUAAUUGAAGCAGUCGAAGAAGGCAAGAAAGUGGAAGGAGGGACCCUCGAGCAGGUUGCCAUGGACAAGCUUGUUGAAUUGGCUUAUAUAAAGCUGCUGGCUACGAGAGGAAGUUGUGCGUCAAAGUAUGGUGUCCCUAAGGUUUCAAAACAAGUUGCCAUGGCUUUUAUGAAGAGAACUUUAUCAAGAUGUAGGAAAUUCGAAGAUGCAGGCAAAAGUUGUUUCAGUGAGCCUCCACUGCGGGACGCCAUUUUGGCUGAAUCUCCUCGUGAAAAUCACACAGGAGCCCUGAAUGGCAAUUUAAAGUCAAGUAUGCAUCAUGAAACUCCUGAGUCUGAGCAUGAUCUAGGCGCUUCAGGCUCUUUCCUCACAAGAGCAGUGACUGGGGCUCCUAGGCGCUCGCAUGACUCUGAUUUUGCGAAAAGCAGACCAUUAUUGAACAGAGGGAAGAAGAAAGAGCUGCUGCUCGACGAUGUUGGCACCAAAGCUUCCUUCAGAGCUACACUGCCAGCAGGAACCAAGGGAAAGAGAAGUGAGAGAGAAAGGGAAAAUACCACAUUUUCUAGAAAUCCUGUCAGCAAAGCCGGCCGUCAUGUCAAGGGUGAUCGUAAAACUAAAUUAAAGCCCAAGCAGAAGACGGCUCAGCUUUCAGCUUCAGUAGAUGGAAUCAGUAAAAAAUUCAACAAUAAAAAACGAGAAACGGGCCCAAAUUCUUAUAAUUCUCAAAGCAGGGGAACUGCGGAUGCUAAUGGCUUGCAGGAUUUAUCUUUAGAACUAGGUAUAGCCAGUGAUGAUAUGGACAAUCAUCAAGAUCUGAAUAAUUUGUUCAACUUUGAUGAGGAUGGGUUGCCGGAUAAUGACAUGAACUAUCAGGACUUUUCGAUGGACGGCCUCGAAAUACCUAUGGAUGACCUUUCAGAGAUUCUAUGAAGAGAUAUAGUAUAGUGUGUAUAUUUCAAUAGAUUAAGGUGAGAUUAUAAUGCUGUUGCUUGGGACCAACCUGCUUAUAUAAUUUAUGUCCCAUGCAAAUUUGCUCUUGUAAUUAUGUUCAUUCUUUUUGUAUACUUCUCUUGACAAGCUUAAAAGAGAAGAAAGAAAUUUUGUUUAUGAUUUAGACAUUUACUGUUGUAACCUCUUACUUUCUAUAUAUAAAUAAUAUAUAAUUUUUCUU